AUGUCACGAGCGGAUUAUUUGGCCAGAUACCUUCUGGUAGAUGACACAAAUGUUAGGAAGUCAUCCGACAAGAAGAAGAAGAGGAAGAAGGAGAAGGAGAAGGGAAAAGAAAAGGAGAAAAGGGAGAAAGAUGAGUUGGUGCAGGUACCCUCCAAUUUAAGAAUUGCAAGACCAUUUUUUACAGAGACUUCUGCCUCAUAUAACGACGAACAACUAGAUGUAGACGUACUAGAAGGAGAUGAUGAUGACGAGUCGAAACCGGUCAUUGUUGCCAAUGUCAAAGAAAACAGAGGCUUCAAACGAAUAGAUAAUGGUAACUUGGUUGACCGCACUGUGACUAGUCAAAAUCCAGCGGAACAACAAAAGAGAGUAACGCAACAAACCAUAUAUAGAGACUCAUCGGGAAGAAUGAUAGAUAUUGAUGAGGCGCAAAGGGAUUUCGAGCGGAAGAAGGAAGAAGAGAAACGACGAAAGGAGAUUGUUAUAAUUCGCACAUCGAAGCAAGAACAAAUCAAACAAGAAUUGCAUGAUUUUAAACAAAAAUUAGAUGCAAAUUUCGAAGAUCCUAUAUCAGCGUUUCAAGAACUGAAACAAAAACAAGAAGAAGCAGCAGCAGUAGAGCUGGAAGAUAAAAAGAGAUCAGGAUUUCGUUAUAAUAAAGGGAUCAACCUACCCAAUCGAUUUGACAUAUCGGCUGGAUAUUUCUGGGAUGGAGUUGAUCGAUCUAAUGGAUUUGAGAAGUUGAUGCUUAGAAAGAUUAACGAACAGAGUUAUGAAAGAAUGAGCCUGAAGGUUAAUGAGGAUUACGAAUUAGAUUUUGACUAG